GGCAUCAUCCUCAAGAAGCCCAAGAAGCCAGACUACUCAGCCCCCAAGGCCUACAGGGUGAUUGCACUGCUCAACUGCCUUGGCAAGGUGGUGGAGAGGCUGGUGGCCAAGAGACUUGGAGCCCUGGCUGAAGUCACUCACCUCCUUCACCCCUCCCAG